AUGUCCAACUUCGUGCCGCCCUCGCAACACCGCUCGCUGCGCGCCUGCAUGGUCUGCAGCAUCGUCCUUCCUGGUUCGCGCUUCCGCCGCGAGGGAUGCCCCAACUGUGAAGAGUUCCUCGAGUUGGCCGGCCACGACGACACCAUUCAAGAAUGCACCAGCCAGGUCUUCGAGGGCUUGAUCACUCUUGCCGACCCUAGCUCGAGCUGGGUCGCCAGAUGGCAGCGCCUAGACAGCUACGUCGCUGGCGUUUACGCUGUCAAGGUCACUGGCAUUCUCCCUGAGGAAGUUAUAUCGACCGUCGAGGCCGCUGGAGUCAAGUACAUUCCUCGCGACGGCACAAACAUCGAUGACAUGUAA